CUUGUUGAUACGAACUUGGUGUCUAGAGGGCGACGGUGUAAAGCAUGUGGACUUUUUCUUGAAAUCUUGGAAUCUUCUGAAGUUUAAAAAGGCGUUGAAAUAUGGAAGUUACCUCAGUAUUUUCGAGAAUCGUUUCCAUGAAAUUCGAAGAAUUGUGUAUCUAUGCGUGUAACAGAUGUGGGCGUAAUUGUUUUUGAAACUGCUGAGUUAUAUUCAUUUGGAUUAUCGGGAGUCUGUUUGUAGGCCUACAUACAAACCUGGGAAUAUGAUCUCGUGUGAUAGCAGUCGAUUUCAUGCAUUAAUUCAUGUUACUUUUUUGUCUGAUGUAGUUGGUGACAUUUUAUGAAAAUGUUACAGUAAACGAGGACCAGUCGAACAGUAUUCAGCACACCUAGUUAAUUUUUAACGUAGAACAUUUUUAUUCGUCUUCUAUUAUUUUAGAUGACAGUUUUGUGAGUGGGAUUUAGAAGGCUCGGGAAAUAAAUUAAUGGGUAGAUACCAUCCCAAUUCUGUGUGCCAUGUCGGACACACGAAAGGCUUUUUUAAUGUUAUAACAGAUUUUACAUGUAAUUAUGUGAAAGGUAAUUAGGCUAAUGGGUUGGAUCUACUAAGUGAAAAAAGCAAAGCAAUAGUAAUGUUAAGUAGUAAAUAAUACAUGGCGAGAUAGUGACACUGGCAGAGUAUCGCGACAAGAUUUAGUCAUAAAUUACCUUCGAAGCUGGUUUUUCGAAUACUGCUCUUAGACACUUUUUAGAAAUCUGGGCAGCCAACAAGUAAGGGAAUCAUGUGCUGAAGAAUUAAGCAGGAAAUUACCCACAGAUGUGUUAUCCUUGGUAGCAGAAUACAUCAUGUCUUUAAUUUCUAGCACGCAAGAAACAGCAGCAGUCUCUCAGGAAAGGAUUCGCAACCCGUCCAAUGGAAGUGGGGAGCACCUGGAUACAGAGGGAGAUUCCGGGGAUGAAGACAUGGAUUUUAAUUGGGAUGAAUAUUUAGAAGGAGCAGGUGCCAGCGCAGCACCACAUACUUCAUUUAAACAUGUUGAAAUAAGUCUUCAGAGCAGUUUCCAACCUGGCAUGAAACUGGAGGUGGCCAAUAAAAGUAGCCCUGACACCUACUGGGUGGCAACUAUCAUUACAACAUGUGGCCAACUCCUGCUUUUACGCUUCAGUGGCUAUGGAGAUGAUCGCAAAGCUGAUUUUUGGUGUGAUGUUAUGACAGCAGAUCUGCACCCUAUUGGCUGGUGUACACAGAAUAACAAAGUCCUCAUGCCACCUGAAGACAACUGUUACCUCAGAAAAGCAAUCAAGGAAAAAUACACAGACUGGACAGAAUUCCUCAUCCAGGAGCUUACAGGUUCCCGAACAGCACCUGCAAAUUUGCUUGAGGGACCUCUAAGAGGAAAGAACACAGUGGAUCUUAUUAUGUUAAAUUCACUGAUUGAGCUGCAGGAUCGCAAGAAUCCUUUCAUUUACUGGAUAGUGAGAGUCAUAGAGAAUGUUGGAGGUCGACUGCGGCUUCGUUAUACUGGAAUGGAUUGUGACUCCUAUGACAUAUGGCUGUUUUACCUAGACUGCAGGUUACGCCCUGUUGGUUGGUCUCAAGAGAACAGAUACACCAUGGAACCCCCUACAGAGAUUGCUCAUUUGAAAACAGCUUCUGAAUGGAAAGAUACCCUAGAGAAUGCACUAGAAGAAGCCACUCAGAACCCACUGCCACUGGAGGUUUUUAAGGAUCAUGCUGAGCUCAGAAAUCAUACAUUUACAGUGGGAAUGAAGUUAGAAGUGGUUGACAGUCGAGAACCUUAUUAUAUUUGCCCAGCCACAGUAAUAAAGGUAUAUAAUCACCAUUAUUUCCAGGUGACAAUAGAUGAAUUGGGUCAUGAGUCAACUUCAAUCUCCCUACUCUGCCAUGCUGAUUCACCAGGAAUCCUUCCUGUAGAGUGGUGCCUUAAAAAUGGAGUCAACGUGACACCACCCAAAGGUUACCCAAGCCCAGAUUUUGAUUGGGCUGACUACUUGAAGCAGUCUGGGACAGAGGCAGCUCCUCAGAUUUGCUUUAGAAAUACAUCAUCAAGCCGGGGAUUCAGUAAAAACAUGAAGCUAGAGGCUGUCAAUCCAUUGAGUCCUGCAGACAUUUGUGUAGCCACCAUUAGUAAAGUAAAAGGAAGACUGAUGUGGCUUCAUCUUGAAGGUCUAAAGAAGCCACUUCCAGAGUACAUUGUUGAUGUGGAGUCUAUGGAUAUUUUUCCUGUAGGCUGGUGUGAAGCCAAUGGGUAUCGUCUUACUCCUCCCCAGAGAACUGUCUGCCAGAAAAAAAAAAUAGCAGUAGUGCAACCUGAGAAACAAUUGGUUACCUCAGUGCCUGUGGAGAACAUACCUCAUAAUAUCUGUCCAAGUGCAACUCUUGAUGCGGGUACUACUAAUGGAAAGUACUGCUGUUCAGAAAUCUUUGUCAACCAUCGCUGUUUCUCAGGCCCAUAUUUAAAUAAAGGACGAAUAGCAGAAUUGCCACAAUCAGUUGGACCGGGCAAGUGUACUCUAGUACUAAAAGAGGUUCUUGGCAUGUUAAUUAAUGCAGCCUACAAGCCAGGCCGUGUUCUGAGAGAGCUGCAGCUUGUUGAAGAUCCACAAUGGAACUUUCAAGAGGAAACACUUAAAGCCAAAUAUAAAGGAAAGACUUACAGAUCAACAAUUAAGAUCGUCCGAACCUCGGACCAAGUUUCUGAUUUCUGCAGAAAAGUAUGCCUCAAGCUUCAGUGUUGUCCAAAUUUGUUCAGCCCUGCAUUGGUCACAGAUAAAUGUCCAGAGAACUGUUCUAUUCACACAAAAACUAAAUAUACAUACUACUAUGGUAAGCGGAAGAAGGUCAUCAAGCCAACUAUUGGCGUAGGCUGUGCAGAAAGUGGGUUGACAAAGCCAACCAGGCGCCGGAAGAAGCGUAAAUCGAUCUUUGUACAGAAAAAGAGAAGGUCAUCUGCUGUGGAUUACACGCUAGGAGGCUCACCACAGGACAGUGAAGAUGAUGAUGAUCAGGAUGGUGGGGAAGAUGAAACAGCAAGUGAAGAGACAAGCUCAGAACAACGUGAAGAUCAGACCGAUACAUCUUCUGUAGAAGUCCAAACUGGGAGACCGAGAAGGGCUGCCGCUUUAAGAAGGAGCAGUGAUACCAUAAGACCUACAAACAUCGAGAGGACUAGAAGAAAAAGAACAACUCGAUCUUUGUCUUAUACCGAAGAUGUAACAUAUUAUCCAGCCAAACGCCCUACUGCUAAGAUAGAGAACCAUGAUGAAGAAGACAAACUUAUUUUGGACAGCAAUCCACUAGAAUGGACCGUAACUGAUGUUGUCAGGUUCAUUCAGUCAACAGAUUGUGCACCAGUUGCAAAAAUAUUUCAAGAGCAGGACAUUGACGGCCAAGCACUGCUUCUCCUGACACUUCCGACAGUUCAAGAAUGCAUGGAUCUUAAACUUGGGCCAGCCAUUAAAUUAUGCCACCAGAUCGAGCGAGUAAAAGUUGCAUUCUAUGCUCAAUAUGCCAGCUGACUUACAACAAGCAGCCCUGCAUUUCAAUCAGGUCAUUAUCCUUCAGCGUUCAAGACUUGCUCACUUGUAUGCUAACAGAGAGGGACCAAGAAGAGUAUGUUGCAAUGUAGCUGGUGCUGGUUUGGCCACUAAAUGUCAGAGCCCAUGGCAAAAUAAGAAUUUAUUGAAGAUUUUUACAUAAAUAGUAGUGAACAUUUCUAGCUAUUGUGAUAAAAAUGCCAUUAUGGUUCAUUAUGGUAUUUUCCAUCCAUAGUGUGCUCUAAUUUUUGUACAAGCUGUAAAGCAGCAAAGUAAAUUACCUAUAGGAGUUUUCUGACACUGCUGAUAAAUUUGGGCUUUUGUAUUUCAUGAUUUGCUACAUGUAAAAUAUGAGCCAGAAUGUUAUAAGUUCUGUGGUGGGCUGGUGCCCUGCCCGGGGUUUGUUUCAUGCCUUGUGCCCAGUGUUGGCUGGGAUUGGCUCCAGCAGACCCCCGUGACCCUAUAGUUAGGAUAUAGCGGGUUGGAUAAUGGAUGUUAUAAGUAAUCAGUGGUUGUUUCUUGUCUAUAGUUAAGUCUUAUACAGCAGCUACUAACUGAUACCUACACCUCUGAUGUCCCAGAUAACAAAGUUCUUAUAAUCUUAUUUUAACUGCAGUUUUAUUGCAGAUACAUUUUUCUUACAUUGCAGUUAAACUGCAGAUAAAAUGUUUUCUGAUCUUUUCCAGAAGUCAAAUGCUGAUAUUUUUAAAUUUUAUAAUAAAAUUUCAGCUUUAAUGUAAUUUUCAUUGUGUUUGUGAAAACAGUAAGACAGUGCCUGGAGACGUGUGCACAGAGAAGAAAAUAAAUGUAUGAAGCCAUACUCCAGACUACAUAGAACACCUUCAUGAAAUAUGCAACUCAUGUCUGAAAAUUUAUUGUAAAAUAAUUUAACGGCGGGUCGGGGAGCAGUGCAUUUUGGAUACUCAAAAUUCAAAUAUGUACAAUAUGUCUGUUCUGAUCUCAGAACUUGAAAACAAGUAAGGUAUGCCCUUCCCAAUCAAAAGUGUUCAUAUUUUCUUUUUGAUUUCUUAUAAUAUGUAGAACAAUGGUGGGCCAUGUUAUGAAAUGAGCCAGAUAAAUAUGUUCUGGUGGAGAGAUCCACAUUACUAUCUCAAUCCCUGCUGCUUGGUCCAGCUUUUUAAGUACUUUAUAGGCUAAUGGAUGUGAUCCUUUUAGGGUGGCUAAUACUUUACCAGCUCUGUUUUUAGAUAUGAACAGAUUGUUGCCAAUACCAACAUGGAAUCCAGAAAUGUUUUUACAUUUUUAAAGUUUAUGUAGUCAUCCUAAUUUUAAGAAGGGGGUUUACAUGCUAUGUUUAAAUUGAUCAUUUUCUCAGACAUGCAGUAGAGCACAUGUAAGUUCCCAUCUGUCUGUCACAGAUGCCUUGGUUAAUGCAUGGAUUUAUUCCACUUAUUUUUUUUGGCUGUGGUUUUGCCAUUUAAAAAAAUAAUUUUCUUAUGUAUGGCAAAACAGUUUGCCAGUUCUAUUUAUUCUGUUAUACUGUGAGCUAUUAUAUGUGUAUGUGUAUUUUGAGGUGUUAAUUUGCAGAUAUUUAAAACAUUUAAAAUGUAUUUAUGGGAGCAUAACUUAUUUUUUAAGGUCAUACUUUCUAAGGAGGCAUUUUUCCAAUUAACGUAUAUCAUUGACAAAGAGGAGUGUAUUUUAUACUCGCUAUUAAUUAUUUGCAGGAGAGGUAGCUGUGUAUUCUGGUUUCAAGACGAUUUUAGUUCUUGUGAUUCAAUGAGAUCAUAAUAUGACAGCUGAAAUUAUUUCUGGAUCUUUAACUUGCUCUUUUCUUGAAGGUUUGCUUUUAAAUGGCAUGUGUAAAUUGCACAAUUUAGUGAAAUUUUACUGUGACAAUUUGCAUUGAAGAUUCUUAUUUGCCUUCAGUUCUUUAUCCGAGAGAGUCUUUAAGUAAGGAGUAACUUGAUGCUUCUGGCAGUAGAAUCCAUUGUCUUUUUUACAGAUUUCAUAUUUUAUAUUUAAAUUGACUUUCAGCUUUUUAUAGCAUUGCAUUCAUCCAACUGUGAAAUGUAUUAUGAUUAACAUUUGCAAGUGAUAGCUUAAUCCUCUAUGCAAAAUAUGUGAAUAUAACUAUUUUGUGAUGGGAAGUAAUACAUGAAAUGCAAGCAAUUGCAUUUUUCUUUUUUGAAAAAUACAAAAUGCACAUUCCAUUUUUUUUUUUGUGAAUGUGGUCUGUAAAGCUUCUAAAUUUUGUCAGACUCGCUGUUUAUCAUUUUUUUCAUUUCAUUUUAAGAAGGCACAGGGCUUGGCAAAUGUAGGUUUACAGUUGUGAGUAUGGAAAGGACAUACUGGUUAUGAUUAUUACAAUAGUUUUAUUAACUCUAAAGUAGUAAUAGCUUUAAUAACUCAAUUGCUGUAAACAAUACAAUAGUUAAUAAAUAAAUAAAUAAUAA